AUGCUUCCUGAUGCGACAAUUGACAGUGCAGCUGACAUGCUUGCCCAGUUCCGAAAUAGCAACGCCCUCAACGACAUUCUCGACCAGUACGCUGUUCUGAUCGAAGACUAUAAGCGUCUUAAAAGCGAUUAUGAAGAGGAGCGUGAGGGCAGAGAGCGCUACAAGCAGCUCGCAAGAGGUCAAGAGCGUAAUCCCUUUGCUCUCGUAGUCGUCGACGGAGAUGGUUACAUCUUUGACGAACGCUUCGUCAAAGACGGUGAAGAAGGCGGGAGCAGAGCCGCCAAACAACUCAACGACACUAUCAAAGAUAGUCUACGCCGCAAAGGUCUCGAAUCCUGCGAGGUCAUGGUCCGCGUCUACGCCAACCUCACAGGCCUAUCAAAAGCCCUCUGCAAAAACGGUCUCGCCGGUGCAGAGAAGCGCUCCUUCUCCUCCUUCACAGCUGGGUUCAACCGCUCUUACGGCCUUGCUGAUUUUAUCGACGCGGGCGAAUUAAAAGAAAACGCCGACUUUAAAGUCAAAGCCAUUCUGCGCCUCUACGCCGACAACGCCCAGUGCAAGCAUAUUUACUUCGCGGCCUGCCAUGAUGUGGGCUACGUAUCCGACCUUAUCCCCUUUAGGGGCAACCGUGAAAGAUUCACGCUUAUUCGAACGCCGAGUGUGUUGUUUCAUAAGGAGUUUGACAGACUUGGUAUGAAUGUCGAAGAACUCCCUGGUGUAUUCCGCCAUGUGCCACUCACAUACGCGUAUUCUACUUCGCAAACAAAGGCGGCUCUUGCGUCGUCUACCAAUAUCAGCAAAGCCGUCAGCGUAACAUACACAAAUUCUACGAUCAAAGGAAACUCGAAUGAUGGGAACUCGGUCUGCAGCUUUUAUGCGCAGGGAAAUUGCCGAUAUGGCAGCGGAUGCAAGUUCUCUCACAUCGACAGUAAAACAUCCAGUCAAAAUAGUACACCAUCACCAUCCACAAUUGGUACAAGCACAAAGAACUUGACAGGCGAUUGGCGACGAGGCUCCAGCUUCACCAAGAGUAAUAUUGAGUCCCUACCUCGAAAGGAUGAUAUCCCCGAUGGAUGUGUCGCCAUCAAUGCAGUCGAGGACCGUCUCGAUGCUUACUUGCCCCCGCCUGAUCCUGAUGCCGCAAGACGUCUCAAGAUGCUAUCGCAAGACAAGAGAUUCUGCAAUAACGCACAGCUGUAUAAUUCAUGCGAGAGCGACAACUGCGGGUAUGAGCAUGCGCCAAUUGAUAAAGACCUGCUUCCAGCGCUCGAACAUCUCUCACGUUCUGUACCUUGUACGCGUGGGGGAGCUUGCCGAAGAACAAACUGUGUUUAUGGCCAUGUAUGCCAGCGGGCUGACUGCCGUAACCGAGCCGGUGGGAAAAGCUAUUGUCGUUUCCGCCCGCGAGUUUGCACCGCAGAUUACUCUCCCUUCGACUACGUUCCGGCAGUUGACCAGGCUAUGACGUCCCCAUCCCUGCGCUCUGAAGAUGUAGAUGGGCGCAACGCCGAGAAUGGGGGGACGAACCUGUGGGGAGAUCAGUAA